AGGGAGAAGGUGAAUACCGCGUCUGGGGGACUUCUCUGUCUCUCUCUCUCUCUCUCUCUCUCUCUCUCUCUCUCUCUGUCUGUCUGUCUGUCUGCUGGCAACCUGCUCUACUUGCAUCACCAACGCCCAUAAAGUAGCAAUAUACAGGAAAUAAACCUAGCUGCUAGAAGAAGAGCAUCCGACCGGCUGAAUUGUUCCAGUGCAGCGGUCGUGAUUUUGGAGUGAAGCCUAUUGUAUAACGUUAUCAGUUAUAGUUCUCUGAUGUAUUACAUCAACUGUAUAAGUUAGCUGUUUUAUUACUGUGUAACGUUAGCUAGCUCUCUCUAAUCUGGACUGAUACAACGUUGACUUCGACUGUUUCACUCCUGUCUGACGUUAAACGAAAAAUGGCAACCCAAAUCGAUAAAGAGGCUUGCAGAGAAGCUUACAACCAAGUCAGAGACGAUAACACGGACACCAAUUGGACUGUGUUUAAAUAUGAGGGCUCUAUGAUCGUGCCUGCAGGACAAGGGGCUGACUAUGAGGACUUCAAGAGGAUGUGCACAGAUGAUGCCCGUCUGUUCGCCUUCGUCCGGAUCACAAUGGGAGACACCAUGAGCAAACGAGCCAAGUUUACUCUCAUCACCUGGAUCGGUGAGAACAUCAGCGGGCUGCAGCGCGCCAAGAUCAGUACCGACAAGGCGCUGGUCAAAGAGAUCGUGCAGAACUUUGCCAAGGAGUUUAUGUUUAGUGACCCGAGGGAACUGGAAGCAGACAACAUCCGCACAGAGCUGAAGAAGGCUGGUGGAGCCAACUAUGACGCUCAGACCGAGUAGAGAAGUGCCAUGGUUCACUGGAAGGGUUGGGGGGGGGGGGGUCCAGAUGUGGUCAGGGUGGGGUGUGGUGGAAUAAAGGGGGGAGGGGGGGGCAGGGCUGCUACCUCUUGGGGAGAGGGCGAGGCGGGAAGGAGAGGGCACUUGACAAAAUGCACUCACAAUCAAUGCCGUGUCAUUUUUACACUUUGGUUUUUGUACCAAUGAUACACAUGAACACAUGAUAUGCAAUGUAUUAAUUAAUGAGCAUUAGAGGUGUUGGUGGGUAUAUUCUUUGUUCACUAUUUUGAGUUUUUAAACUACGCUAACCUAAUUGGCUGCUGGCUGCAGCCUUAUAUUGAACAGACAGAUAUGACCUUCUGAUCUACUUACAAGAAACAACAAAUAAGUAAAUAAGCACAUUUCCCAAAAUGUCAAACUAUUCCUUUAAGGGCUGGCUCUAGUCCAAAGACGGAGGCCAACAGGGAACUUGACGCGGAUCUGUUACUACAUUGGGUUACUGCCUCAAACCAACACUCUGAAGGAACACAGAAUAUACAAGCUCGCCACCAUGCACACACACAAAAAGCAAGUAUAUAAGCACUCUCCUGUCCUAGCCUCCGCCCUCUCCCCAGUCAGCUCAUAGUUGGUUAUCUACUGAACUGUGCAUCGACAUCUCAUCCUUGUCUCAGCUGGGCUGCAGUUGAGCAAUAGGAAGUUUCAUCAAGGCUUCAGCACUGUUUGCUAGAAAUAAGUUUAUGUAAUGAGCAUAGGGGGAAUAAACUGAAGGCUUUCACUUCAAAUUGGCAUAUGGUGUGAAUGGAUCAUGUUGUAAGAGUGAGUUCAUUGACGGGGAUAGACAUUUUAAAAAGGAAACUCUUUACUUGCAGGCAUGCGUUUGACAACUCUUAGUCAUGAUACACUGUACCUCCAGGAAGAAAAGAUCUCCGUUUUCUAACAACAUCCUUGGUUAUGGCUGCCGGCUUGCUUUGAGUAAUCUUGAGUCAUACUGCUAAGCACACAUUUAGCUACCUCUUCAUCUCUAGCCGGACAGCUGUGUUUGGAUUACAGCCUCAAAGUCAACCAUUAGGUCUUGUUCUGAGACAGACUGUAAUUCAUCCGCCUGUCUUCAUACUUGUGCUGUGAAUCCUUUUUUAUCACUAGUCCAAAUGUGUCAUUUUGUACUUUUUACUUUCUCCUUUUCCAGCUUUUGUUGGACAUGAUCAGUGUUUCCAGAGCUGGGGGCAGACUUUGUAGAAGAGAACAUGGCAAAGAAUAAGACUAUCUGUCUUACAGGAGGGUUUCUGACUGUAUAUAUUAUGUUGUAGAAAUACAGAGAAACUAAUAUAUUGACCCCUCAGCAGCCUUUUGUAGUCAAGCAUUGAAUGUUUCGCAAAAUCUCAAAGGAUUCUGAGAAUUGAGAUCUUUUCCUCUGGUGUUUCAUCUCACGAUCUACCACUUUAAGGUAUUCAUGCCUACUGUAACCUACUGUGUUUGACUGCCUUAGCCUCCCAGGGAGAGAGGGGCAUCAUGGGAGCUUGUGAACACUACACUGUGAUUGGCUAUCGUCCUUACUUGGGGGGCGGGACUUUGAUCUGCACAUGGCUCAUCACACGUGGGCCUGGGCUUAUCAUCCCGACCCAGGAGGAGCCUUUUCUCGGUUGUAGCAUCUCUGUUUAUUUGGUUUCAAACCCUCUCUUCCCCCCCCCCCUGCAAAAAAAUGGAUGUUUUUCUUGUACCUUUUUGUUUUUGAGAUGAUUUUAUUUUUAAGAGCAUUGUUAUCUUGGUCAUUGGCAGGAGAGAUUUUCAAAAAAUGAUGCAAAAAAAAAAAAGAAAAAGAAAGAAAACUGAGUGGGCACAAGAUCAGUCAUUUCCAAAUAAAAAUUGAUGUUUUUUCCAAAA